AUGGAAGCCAUCUUUGAGAUUCUGCCAUCAAACAGAGUGAAGCAACAGAUUCUGGUAGCAAAUAACGGAGAUGGAAUAGUGGUAGAAUUUAUGUUGGCAACCUCAGCUGCUUCUAUGAGAAGCUUUAUAGGUGCCAAUGUAAUGUCAGCAGCAAGCUCUGAUGACUUCAUGAUGACUAUGAUCAUUGCUUCAUAUGUGGUUAUUGGCACCCUUCAGGUGAAAAACAUAGACCUAAAUUGUGCUGAGAAUUGCAUCGAGCAUUCCACACAGCUUUUUACUGGUGAUAAACUCAUUGUGCGACGUGGCCAGCCCUUUGAGUUCUAUGUGCACUUCCAAAACCGUGAGUGGGAUGCUGACAAGGACAAGAUCACCUUCACGAUAGAAACUGGCCCCAAACCCUGUGAAUCUUUAGGGACAAAAAGCGUCUUCCCUCUAGGUGGAGACCUAGACAAAAGCCACUGGACUGCUUGCUACAAACUCCAUAACGGAAGAUGUCUCAGUGUCAGUAUGCUGCCCCCGGUCAAUGCCUGUAUUGGCUGCUACAGUUUGACCAUGUGCCUGGUGUCAUGUGACCACACUCACUUUCAAAAUCUGGGACACUUUUACGUCCUUUUCAAUCCUUGGUGUACUGAUGACCAAGUAUAUUUAGACAACCAAGCUCACAGGGAAGAGUAUGUCUUGAAUGAGAAUGGGAUUUUAUUCCAAGGUCUUCCCAAACAUGUAACUGCACAUCCGUGGCAUUUUGGGCAGUUCCAGGAUGAUAUUCUGGAUAUCUGCCUGAAAAUUCUGGACACAAGUACAAACUUCCUGCGGGAUCCUGCCAUGGACUGUUCCUGUCGUAAUGACCCUGUGUACCUAAGCAGAGUGUUGAAUGCUAUGAUCUGUUGUCACAAGAAGAAAAGCAUUUUAAGACUUCCUUCCAAUAAUAGCUAUCUUCAGGGAGUUAAUCCUUCAGUGUGGAAUGGAAGCGUUUCUAUACUUCGCCAGUGGUAUCACAGCAAAUGCAAACCUGUCAAAUAUGGACACUGUGGGACAUUUGCUUCUGUAAUGUGUACAGUUAUGAGAUGUUUGGGAAUCCCAAGCCGAGUUGUUACGGGCUACUAUUGCCCUAUGAAUGCUGCUGAUUCUCUCAUUGUUCAGGAGGUUUUUGACUACACAGGCAAAACCUUAAAUAGCAAAGAACAUGUCUGGAUAUAUAAUUGCUGGAAUGAAUCUUGGAUGGUCCGAAAAGACUUAAAUCAAUCUGAGGGUGAUUGGCAAUAUUUGAAUCCAACUCCUGUAGAGACAAGUAAAGGGUCAGUGUGCAGUGGCCCAAUUUGGGUCAAAGACAUCAGAAAUGGAGAUGUGGAUACUGACUCUGAUGGUCACCGUGUAUUUUGUAUGCUAAAUGCAAGGAGGUCUGCUUGGGUUUCUCAAAGCAGAGGCAAGAAGACGAAACUUCAUUGCGAUACCCAGACUUGUGGCCAAUGUAUCAGCACCAAGAGUGUUGGAAGUAAUGCACAUGAAGAUGUCACUGAAGCUUAUAAGCAUGAAUUGGGUUCUGUGCAAGAAAAAACAGCUCUCUGUAGAGCUUAUAGAAAAAUUAAUCCUCAGUACCUCAAUGCUACUAAUUCUGACAUAGAGAAAGAUAUAACCUCUAGCAGAAACAGAAGUCUGAAAGAAACUGGGCUCACAAUGAAGUUUACAAUGGCUAAUCGUCCCAUUUAUGGUCAAGAUGUUCAGAUCAACUGGGUACUUGAAAACGUGGGUGAUGAAAUCAAAGACAAGAAAUUCAACCUUUGUGCUCAGGGAAUGAUGUACAAUGAAUGUGCAAUGGAUCAGCUCUGGAAGGAAAAUAUGCAUGUCACACUUGGCCCAAGAGAAGUGAAGACAACUCUGAUAGUUAUACCAUAUGAAAAUUAUGGAUCUCAUCUUUGUGACCAUAAUAUUAUGAGAGUGGUAGCAGUCUCCAUGCCAGAAUCCAAAGGAGAACUCACGAUGGUGCAGAGGGAUAUUCUCAUUGACAGUUUACCUGUUGAGAUAAAGCUUUUAGAACAUCCCACAUUGAAUACACCAUGCUCUACAGAAGUCACCUUCUGUAAUCCCCUCAAAGAGGACCUUGAGAACUGUGUACUGAACCUGGAAGGCUAUGGACUCAUCGGUGAACCGAUAACUACUGAAUUGGGAACUCUGGCUGCUAACCACAAGGCACAGACUUGUGUAGAAUUUACUCCCUGCAGGCAUGGCAGACACCAAUUUGUGGCCAGUGUCAGCUGCCAUAAGUUUUGUAACUGUAAAGGAUAUGCUAGUGUAGAUAUGGGCAACCCACCAGCAACUUCUGUAGAGAGAGGUGCAUAA